AUGGCAUUCACGUUGAUAAAGGCGAACGAGCUGUCGCAAUGGCGUACAGGGCUUACAGAUCACACGGUCUCUGGCUGGAUGACCCUACUCGCACUAUUACUCCCCCUGCUGUUCUUUGUCGUCGUAAGGAAGUACCGCAAGAUGCAAUACCAAAACAAGCAGCCGUUUCCAUUCUUGGAACUACCACAAGAGCUCAGGGACAUGGUGUAUGAAUAUUUCCUUGAUGAUCCUGCGUACCCGCCACCAGCACACAACGAAUUCCAGCGCUCGAAGCUGGACUGGAUGAGACCAGCACGCUGGGCAUCUACAUCGACGUCUUUGGGUACACGACACGAGAGUAAACGGAUAUUCCUAGCAAACAAGCAAGUUUACGGAGAAUACAUGGACAUGAUCUGCAGACGCAAGACCUUCCACCUCAGUGUCACCCCGCAGACGUAUAGGCCUACCACCACCUCCUCUCCAUCUCCAUUUUCCUCCACAAAUUACACCCCAGUAUGGGACGUCUCCCCGACCACGCUAUCAAAAGUACAAACCUGCUCCCUCAAACUCAUCACAACAUCCUCCAUGCUCGGCGUCACAGACCCCCGCUCCAUGACCUCCUCAUCCUGGACACUUGGCCGCCGCAUGCGCGAACAACUCAAACACAUGUCCUCUGUCAAAACCUUCACUCUCGAUGCCAAGGCCCUCGGUGAUCCUCUCUGGAAUCCUCUCUGGAUCUGGUAUCACGCUUCCCAGUCGCUCAAGCUACUCGGCACGGAGUUCUCAGACACCGUACCGCGGGGUCCACAGCUCACGCAGAUUACUUUUAGCCUGGAUACGUGGAGUCCAGGGGAGAAUUACUUGAAGAGGGAUGAGAAGGAAGGUGGGCAGUGGAUGUGGUAUUGUAUGAAGAACCAUCUUGUGGUGGCUGAUAUGGGAGCGGAGAUGACUGUUAGGGAGUUUUGUGGGAAAUUGUACCAAGAGUGUAGCAUCUGUAGAGUAGAUGACGAGGAGGAUGGGACAGUGAUUUGA